CCAGAGAGGCCGGAGGGCGGCCUGGGGCGGGGAUGCUUCUCGUGUGCCCCCUAGUGGUGGGAGGGUUAGGUGCCAGGCUCCACCCUACAGGAUCUUCCAGUUUCUCAAGCCACUGGCUCUGGGGUCGCUGCCCCCAAGGAGGGAUCUAGAGGGGGUGGAGGAGAGGCCGGAGGAGCGAAUGCGACAAGCUGGGAAAAUGCGCUCCCCCAUUGGGUUCUAGAAUCCGUAAUCUCCUGGCAACGGGGCUGCGGAACCUCCGCAGACGCCAAGAGAGAGAACUGACACAGUUCUCCAAGGCCCCAGGGAAUGGUGAUGGGUUGCGUUUGGGAGAAGUAGGCUGGUUUCACAGCCUGACUGUCCCUAGGGGGAUGGCAUCCACUGCUACCAGGAGUGAGGAGAAAAAGGGCAGCCGGCAAUCCCAAGCUACAACCUCUGCAGCCUCACUGGGCGGAGGUCUGAAGAUUUCCCGGUCUGAGGAAAUCCUGACACAGAUCAGCACAGAACUCACUGACGAGGCCUUGUUUAUCGCUGCCUACCACAUGAAUCCUGUGCCCAUCAAGGAAAAACAGACACAAGACCGAGGGACUCAGAUAUCCAAACACGUGUGCUUCACCAAGACCCGAGGCACUGAUACCCGCUCUGACAGAAACCGUACCCGCACCAAGGCACACCUCCUGCCAUCCCCUCAUGAGAAGAACAUGCGUCAAAACUCCUCUUUUCACAACUCAUUCAACAGUUCAGUUUUGGGGGGAUUCCUGGUCAUGAGCAACAUACCCCUGAAGCCUCCAAAGUGCUGUGGAAUCAUCACACAUCCCUCCACCCUCAGCUGGCAAGGACACCACCAGAAAUCAAAAGCUUUAAUAAAGAGACAGAGAUCCUUCCCUCCUCCCAGCUUGGGCAGUGCUCUCAUGUGGCUUCUCUGGGGUGAUGCGGGAGGAGUGCCCCUCCCUGCUUUUGCCAGUGGGCAUGUUAUUGGAAUGGCUUUUUUUUUUAAUCUUUUAAAGUGAUUUUUCUUUCUCAAUUUUCUUUUUUUUUUUACUGCACCACAUGGCAUGCUGGAUCUUAACUCCCUGACCCCAGGAA